GAGGUAACUCUACAAGAUUUUAUGUCUUAUUAGACUCCAAUAAUUCCAUUUCGUUAAUAAUGGAUUUACCCACAAAUCUACAUCUGUAUGGAAGUUCGAACUUCUAGCAGACUUGUAGGAUCUCUUCUUAGGGUGUAAAUAACAAAUUCAUAACCAAAAUCCCUCAAUGAUUUAUGGUUUAUUUGUCUCUUCUGAGUUCAUACUCAUCACCCCCACUAGUUAUCCAUUAUUUCUAAUAGUAGGCAAGAUACCACCCCCACUAUUUCUCGAUUUAAAUGGAAUGCCAUUAAUGGAUUCACACAACAAUGAGUAUUUCAUUUCUUAAACUUAUGUGUUCUAUUAUUGAUAGCACAAUCAAUAAAUCACUCUCAUGCUCAUCUAUAUUGCACUGAUUCUCAAACUAUACCAUAUGAAAAACACAUUUCAUAACGUUUUACAUCAAAAGCAUGUCAAAAGCAUCACAUCUUUAAUUAGUGCAAUCAAUAAUAAUGUGAUAAAGCAUUUCACAUUAUUCUCGUUCACCCAUUUCAAAAUGAAUCAAAUCCAAAGAUUCUGAUUCUCUAAUCACAUAUUUAAGAGUCAUUUCACUUUAUCAUCAUAUGCAUACUCUCAUGACCAUGACCAAUAGUGGAGUGAGCAAUACUCAACAACACUUUCUUAAUAGCAUAUGUCUUAGUAUGAUUCGAGAUACCAGCAUUCAACCACUAUUCUUCAGAGUUGCCAACAAGGUUAAUCUUUGCUCUUUUGUCAAUCAUCACAGCCACAAAUUCUUCUCUUCAAUCAAGUUAACACUAGAACCAGUGUUAUACUUGUUCCUACACUUUCGUGUCAUAUGACCUAGUUUUUCUCAAAUUUAAUUGAGAAACCUAGCGUCAUUCUUAGAGAAUUGUGUGACAAUCUUAUGGUUACCACGAUGGGUACCAUUCUAAUUGGUGUGGAUUUGGUUCAAAUUGCUAUUCUGAUUCUUGAACCUUUAGACAAUACUUCUCCCAAAAUAAAUAUGGGUAUACAACCCAUUCCACUGGCAUACAAACUCAUAUAUGCUUCAAAGUAUGCAUUCAUGUAGUAAAAUUACUCUACUCCUCAAUAUGCAUUAUGCACACAAACUUGUAUUCUAAUUACUGAGCAAAGCAUAUCUCAAUGUCAUCAUUAUCAUGCAUAAAAUCUAUUUUUCUUGUCUAAUAUUCAUAGGGAUUCUCGAUUUUAUGCAUGAAAUCCGAUGAGAUAUAUUCUAAUAUAUCAUGAGAAAAAGUUUAGUUAUUAUCUCUUUUCAAGAAGUGAACAACUUAUGAGAAUCAACGUGAUAUACCCUCUUUGCGUCUCAUAAAGGAGCAAAAGCUUAGCAUGCCCGCAUCAAUUUCUCCAUUUGCCAAUCCCCCGUGACCACUGACCACCAGCAACCGACAGAGCUUUAUAGUAAAGACCUCCACCUGGUUAUCCCUAGCUUCCAUGCAAUUAGGGACAAGAGUAGUUAAUAGUCCAUGAACAAUUAAUUGGACAAGAACAAUUACGUAAUUCCCGAGAAUUGAGGGUGCCGAAUUGCGAGAACAAUUAAUUGGACAAUAACUCCCUUAUGCAGCGUGCGUCCCGAUUACGAUCUCCCGGUCUGCGUCAAUGCGAGCGUAAGCGGCGGCACGCACGCCCAAGCGAGAUUGAAACUUGGGAAACCAGAUGCGGUAAUCGAAUCUGUUCAGUACACAUGACAGCAGCCAACGUCUUAAAAUUUGUUAGAAAUCGAACAGGAAAAAUUUGGUUACCGAUCUAGCUGAGUCGCGGACUAGGUCGCUCUCUUUAAGACGUUUGCGUCACUGCCUCGUUAUUCGCACAACAGACUAUCAGUCGGUCGCCUACAGGAUAAAAUAGCCACUCUUUUGAUUUGCUCAGCGGUUUUGUGCGGAAAACCGGAGCUCUUUGAAUCUCACUCUCUCUCGUGUUUCUGCUCUCUGAGGUGUAUUUAGAGGGCCUGGAGCGUCUCCUGAGCAGAAAACCCAGAACAUUCCCUCUUUCUUUGGGAAUAAGUCACAUUUUAAUUAGGGAGAUAAUUACUCCUAUAAUUAAAAUAUAAUCUAUUAAGAUAAUUUUCCUGAUUAUCUCCAUAAUAUUCUUUUUAUUAAUUAUCUAUCUUAAUUUCGUAUUAUGGGAAAAUACUGGAUAAUUAAUUAGGAAUUUCAUUAUAGUUUUUCAAAGCUAUUCAUGCCAAGAGUAGGAUUGCUGCCCGAAUUAGAUUGUGGGAUCAAAUCUUGGAAGGCAAUAUAUGGCAAUGAAAUACAAGGAUUGCGAACAAAUACUUACACUGUUACACAAGAAAAUUGGAACUCAGCAAGGUUCAGAAGAAUUUCGCCCUUUGAGAAUGAGGGAUCGGAGAUUCGGAGUAAGAAGUAGAGCUGGCUAUUUGGUUUUGGACUGUUUGGUUUUACCCGAAAUCGGAUCGUAUAAUUCGGACCGGUAUUGGACUGGAUUAGGAUAACAAACAAUCCAAUCUCAUAUUCGGGCUUAGAUUUGAGGUAAAAACCCGGAUAAAGACCGGAUAAGAGACCCCCAACACCCCAAAUCAAGAUCAAAAUGGGACCGGACCGGAUCAAGACCGGACCAAAUCAAGACCGGACUGUAUCCAAUCCAAUCUUUGGUCCUUAUAUUCUCGAAAAGACCGGACUGGGACCGGAUCAAUUUGGUCCAAUUUAAUCGCACCGGACCAUAUAGCCACCCCCAGUAAGAAGUGGGUUUCAGAGAGAUCAUCUCUACUAACCAGCCCAAUUUACCAGGCCCAUAUUGAUUGGGCUGUCACUUCAUUGCCAACAAGGCUCGGAAAAUGAUGGGCCCAGCCCAACCAAGACAGAGAAGCAGUAAAAGAAGUUUCAUAGAUACGGUUAAAAUUACUGUUCGCCGGACCCGUAUUCGGAGCUCCAACGACGAGGAAAACAGCGGAUUAGGGUUCUGGGAGUGAAGGAAGAUGAGAGAUUUAACGGCGGGCGAUCAAUUCAACAACGGUGUUGCACAAUUAGGCCGCCGGAUAUUGUUUGCCGGGAAAAUUUGAGACGAUGGUCAAGGAUUUGACGCGAUACCACCAAAUUUGGACCAGAGAUGACGAGACUGCAUGAAUCAAGAAAUUAUCUGGUCAGCUUGUUCUUCCAAGUGUCCGCCAUGCCAGUGAAUCACGCCAACUCGUCCGUUCACCCACCAUGGCUCUUCCUUCAAACAUGAAAUGCAUGAAUCAAGAGAUUAUCUAUUCAGCUGUUCUUCCCAAGUGUCCGCCAUGCCUCCAAUUCGCGCCAAUUCUCCGCCCGUUACCCACCAUGGCCCCUUAAACAAGAAAUGCAUGAAUCAAAGAAACGGUCCGUUCUGCCACAUGUUCUUCCCCGUUGGGACACUUGUGCAGAGUGAAAACCGUGCUUAUCUGUGGUAAUGAUUCAACUCCUCCGCAUUGUUACUCUCAUGGUGGAAUAGCCUACUGAGACUUGCUAUAAAUUACUGACCUCUGUUUCCCUCUUCUCCAUCGGAAAACCCUACAAUUCGCCGCUGCUACCUACACUGCACACCCACUAAGCUACACUCUAGGUUUUCCCCCCAAUUUACCCUGUUUUGUAAUAUGUUCAUAUGUUGUUACUUCAUUUUUUUCCUGACUUUUCAGUUCAUCUAUAUCUCCAGGAGAAGUGUUCUUACAAGUGCUGGGAAUGGAGCUUGGAGUUGCUCUUGGUGUCCCCAGUGUUCAAGAGCUGGCUAAGAGCUUGAAGGAGGUACCAACUAGGUAUUUACGUCCUGAAUUCGAGCUCGAUGAAGUUUCAAAAGAUGAGUCUGUUCAAGUUCCAGUGAUCGACAUGGGCAAGCUGGUUGGCGGUCGUGAUGAUGAAGGAGAUGAAUUGGCUAAGCUUCAUGAGGCUUGUAGAGAUUGGGGAUUCUUCCAGGUGAUCAACCAUGGGGUUGCGGAGGAGGUGAUUCUGAAAAUGAAAGCGGAUGUUCAAGAGUUCUUCAGCCUGCCUCUGGAGGAGAAAAUGGAAUAUGCGCGACUGCCUGAUGACAUCCAAGGAUAUUCCCCAUCGCACGUGGUAUCAGGAGGGCGAAAGCUAGAUUGGAGUGACUUUCUCUACAUUUUCCCACAACCUCGAGAUGGAAGAAACAUGAGGUUUUGGCCAAGAGUUCCCUCUUCUUUCAGGGAAACUCUGAACCAAUAUUCAACAGAGCUGGAAAAGCUGAAUUCUGCCUUGCUGAGUUUCAUGGCGAGGAACCUGGGACUCGAGCCAGAAAAGCUGCUAUCUUUGUUCGAAGGUGGUCGUCAAAGUGUAAGAACGAACUAUUAUCCACCAUGUAAGCAAGCAGACAAGGUUAUUGGUAGCACCCCACAUUCUGACGUAGCUGGAUUGACAUUAUUGACUCAAGCGAAUGAAGUACAAGGUUUGCAAAUCAAGAGAAACGGGAAAUGGAUUCCCAUUGAUCCCAUUCAAGGUGCUUUCAUCGUUAAUGUUGGCAACUUUGUUGAGAUCAUGAGCAAUGGAGAAUACAAGAGCGUAGAGCAUAGGGCAGUAGUGAACCCUGAAAAGGAGAGGCUGUCCAUAGCAACAUUCCACAACCCAAACUCUAACGCUGUAAUUGGACCUUUGCCAGACAUUCUCGAUAAGGAUGGGAAGAAGCAAGCACCAAAGUACAAAUCCAUGUCGUACCAGGAAUAUAUGGAGGAACGACUUCGUGAAAAGAAAAAAAAAUAUUAUGCUUAGGGAAAGCCCCUCUCGUCAGAUGAAGUUACAAACUGAAGCUGCAAUCCCCUCGGUCAAAAAGGAACUGCAAAGUGUCGAAUGAUGUCAAAUGGAACCUUGUUGUUUCGGAUUGAGAAUAACCAUUAGUAGUCAGUAUUCAGACUCUGUAACCCAGUACCAUAAAUAAGCAAAAGAUUGCAACUUUAACUAGAAAUCACAAGAAGUCCCAUCCUGCAGCUGCCUAAUGACGACCUUGAUAUCUUUCUGAGUCAUGAUUUGGGGAAGGUGGAUGUGGACAAUGAAUAGAAUUACCUGCG